AUGGGCCGCGCACGUAGAAAGUGGACUGCGGGGGAAGAUGCGCUUCUGCGCAGAGUUGUCAGCGCUGCACUGUCCGAAUCUAGGCCGCUGCUGUGGCGCGAACUCGCCAAGGACAUCCCUGGCCGGUCCAACAAAGACUGCCGCCGGCGAUGGUGGAAUAGUCUUGCAGACGGCACGGCCAAGGGGUUGUGGUCCGGCGACGAAGACAGCAGAUUGAUGCAGGCCGUGAAGGAGGUUGGAACCAACUGGCGUCUGGUUGCUCAGCAUGUGGCCACCAGAACACCCGACCAGUGCUCCAGCCACUGGACGCAAGUGCUCGACCCAGAGAUAAACCACUGCAACUGGACAUUACCAGAGGACCAGCAGCUUCUCCAAGAGGUCGUAUCGCAGGGCACAAAUUGGACAGCCAUUUCGGCCAUCCAUGUCCCACGAAGAACAACCCUAGCGCUCAAGAACAGAUAUUCCACGUUGCGCCUGAAACGCGAGAAGAAGCGGAAGAAGCGGCGGUCUUUGACAGCGAUUCAAUUUGAGAAAGGUUCGCUCUCUGGCAUAUCAAAGACAGAAUCAACUGCCAUCCCACUCAGUCGCAGCCCUUGUCCUGGUGAGAAAGGCGAGGGCGUUGCACCAGCGGGGUACGACGAUUGCAAGAUAAUUGUCUCCGAGGCCACAACCGAUGACACGGAUGGCAUGACGAGCUGUAGUUCAAUUCCGGCAAGCGUGGUCUCCAAUGAUGUGGACAUGGCCAUGGACUGGUCGGGCUUCUUGGAUGCCCGCAAUGGCUUUUGUCACACGGCCGUGGCAGAUGGUGCAGCCUUGACACAAUUCUGGAAACAAGAUUUGGAUGUAUCCAACUAUGAUCAAUACCAGUUUCCUUGCAUGGACCCAAUCAUGCCAAUCGACACGGGUGCAGACCCUUUCGGCUUGAUUCGCGACCCUAUGGUUUUAUAUCCCGAGCACUGA